UGUCCAUUUAUCCUAAACCGACUCUCAAAAAUGACAGCUUUCCCAAUAUAAGUGAGGUUAUUUUUUGAAACGAAAAAAAAAAUUAUUCCCCAUUCAACCACAUGAAAUAAUAAAUACCAUUAACUUAAUAAAUACUUGAUUAUUAUUACAAUGGGCUCGAGUGGUGUUGGACGUGGUAGAGGUUGGCUAAAUUUAACGAAAGAGAACAGAAAUAGACCAGGACAUCCACUCAGCCCUCAAGAUACAAUAAACAACGAGCAUCAGUGGUCCAAACCAGGCAUUUUAACAACACCCCCGGUACAACAAUACGUUAAUUUAAUCUCACUUAUAAGUCAAAUAAGCGUUAACGAUGAUGGGAUUUUGUUAAAUCAAAAAUUAAAAGCUAUUAUUGAAGUAUGGGAAAGAGAUUGUUCGUCGAGUAAUGAAGUUGUUGAAAGCUUUCAAUAUCUUUACAAUAAAUGUUUGGAAGAAGAAAAUUUAGUUUUGAAGGUUGUGAUAAUGAUCUCGUCUUAUACGUUUAUGACAACACCGAUAUCAGGAGAAUAUUUAAGACCGUUAUUUAUAAGACAAAUGCAAAAUACUUACGAUAAUGGUAAACAGCUUCAAUCAGGGAAUCCAACCAAAUUUCGAAAUGCAGUUAAAAUGUUGGGGGAAUAUUUUAACAGGGCUAAACUUAUAAACGGCCAACCGAUUAAUGUUCUUGUUAGUCCAUUACUUUGUUACUUUGAAAUGCUUUUGGAUUCUGUUCAACCUGCCGAUCUGGAAUUAUUUGCUUCACAAUUAUAUUUAACAGGAUCUGCAAUAAAAAACAGUUUUCAACAACAAUUAAAUGAUGUCAUGAAUAAAGUUAGAAAGGUUUUGAUUACAAAUGGGGAAUUAACAAAAACUUGUAGACUUUAUUUAUUAUUAGCUAUUGAAAUCGCCGAUAAUCGUUACAGUUUAAUACCAGCAGAUGUUCAUAGUUUUUAUCAAGAACAACUUGGAGAACAAGUUAUGGCUCAAUUUCAGGGCGUAUUAGGAGCACUAAGCAUUCAAACCCAACAAUCCAACAAAACGCUGGACGGUUAUCAAAGUUCAGUAAACGUUCUGCAAGUUUCUCCCCCGGAACCUUCUUCCCCAAUAAACGAUCAAAUUCAAAAUCAACAACAAAAUCAGGAACUUCAACCAAAUCAACAACAGCAAAGCCAAUCUCACCAAGAAUCCCAUUCACAAUCCCAUUCACAAUCUCAUUCUCAAUCUCAACAAUCAAGCCAAAAGCAAAAUCAACAACAUUUAGUUCAACAACAACAAAACUCUUUAAGUUCAAAUUCACAUCAAAAUAAGUCGGCUCAAAAUUAUUCAUCGUCGAAUAAUUUUAAUUCAAAUGAGAUUAAUUCGUAUGUGAAUUGGGACGAAAAUAAAGAUAAACCGAAUAAUAAUCGUACCGAGAAAACGGGGAGGCCAAUUUUGGGGUCUGGCGCGCGGUUGAAAAAUAAAGAUAAAGAUGGUGGGGGAAAUUGGAAAGGUUUAAGUAAGGAUGGAUGUGGGGGAGAAUGGAGAGGUUUAAAUAAAGACGGAGGUGGUGGUGAAUGGAGGGGUUUAAAUAAAGAUGGAGAUGGUGGAGUGUGGAGAGGUAAUGGUGGCGACAAAAGCGGUUCAUUUUGGAGGGAGAAAAAGCCUUCAACGAAAAAUUAUCGGAAAGGGUGGGAACACGAUGAUCGGUUUAGUACCGAUUAUAAUUAAUUUAAGAUCGUAAUUAAUUUAUGGUGUUAAUAAUUUUAUGAUUAAAUUUUUUAAACA